GCGGCGGCGGCGGCGCGGAGCGCGGAGCGCGCCGAGCUGGCGGCGCUCAACGACCGCUUCGCCGCCUUCCUGGAGCGGGUGCGGGCGCUGGAGCGGCAGAACGGGGCGCUGCGGGCCGCGCUGGGCGGCGCCGCCGCCACCGCCCCCCGCGCCGCCGGGCUGCUGCGCGACGAGCUGCGGGAGCUGCGGGAGCGGCUGCAGCGCCUCGGCCGCGACCGCGACCGCCUGCAGGCCGAGCGCGACGGGCUCGCCGGGGACCUGGCGGCGCUGCGGCAGCGGCUAGAGGACGAGGUGCAGAAGCGGGAAGAUGCGGAGCAGAAUCUGCUGCUCUUCCGCAAGGACGUGGAUGACGCCACGCUGUCCCGCCUGGAGCUGGAGCGCAAGAUCGAGCUGCUCGUGGACGAGCUGCAGUUCCUGAAGAAGCUGCAUGAGGAGGAGCUGCGGGAGCUGGAGGAGAGCGCGCAGAGGCGGCGGGCACCGGCGGAGGCACCGGUGGAGCCCGCCGCCCCGGACCUGACGGCCGCCCUGCGCGACAUCCGCGCCCAGUACGAGAGCAUCGCCGUGAGGAACCUGCAGGAGGCCGAGGACUGGUACAAGUCCAAGUUCGCCGACCUCUCGGACGCGGCAAACCGCAACCACGCGGCGCUGCGGCUGGCCAAGCAGGAGAUGGGCGAGUCGCGGCGGCGCAUCCAGCGCCUCACCUGCGAGGUGGACGGGCUCAAGGGCACGAACGAGGCGCUGCAGCGGCAGAUGCGGGAGAUGGAGGCGGCGUUCGGGGCCGAGAUCGGCACCUACCAGGCGGCCGUGGGGCGGCUGGAGCAGGAGCUGGAGCACAUGAAGGAGGAGAUGGGCCGGCACCUGCGCGAGUACCAGGACCUACUGCACGUCAAGAUGGCCCUGGACAUCGAGAUCGCCACGUACCGCAAGCUGCUGGAGGGCGAGGAGAGCCGGAUCGCCGUCCCUGUGCACGCCGGGGCCCGCGUCGGCACCAGGAGUUCAGCACCCGAGCUGCAGCCGAUGGAGACGCACGCAAGAAGGAUGGUGCUCAUCAAAACCAUCGAGAUGCAGGACGGGCAGCAGGUCGUGACGGAGACGCACAAGGAACGAGCGGAGCCGGAGCAGUGAUGCAGCUGGACACGGGGCUCCGCACAGGCUGGUGCUGGAGCCACAGACCCCCUGGAGCCGCUGAGCACCUUGGCAGGAUGCGGCCCCUGUGCUGGUGCGCUGAGAGCUGUUCGUGGAGCCGGGGCUCUCAGCCAGGCGCCAGCAGAUCCCGAGACGGCUCCUCCCCCCCUGUAUUUAUUAAUAUUUAUUUAUUUUCCCCUAUCCUGGAAACUCAGCUGGAUCCAGCAUGUUCCUGUCCUACCCAGGUCGGGGUCCUGGACACCCAUGCCCCCGAUGGCGGUGCUGCUCCUCCCAGUGCUGUCCCCUCUCGGCUUCCCCCCUGCCCUCCCGCUCACCCCAGCUGUGCCGUGGGGCUCAGGAUGCCCCAUCCCUGGGGGGCCAAGGGGUGCAGGGCCAGCGGGGGGAGGGUGCUGGGGGCUCCCGGCUGCCCGCCCGGCCCCAGCUCCCGGUCCCGUGAAUGUCCCCGUCCUGCUUGGCCGGCCAAUAAAG